GAUGGCGGACGAGUUUGAAAAACAAAAACAUCGCAGCCAAAAUCAAUCAGAUCUUAGCAAAAAAGGGAGUAUAGAUGAACACAUUGUUGGUUUAGUAGAGCAUAUCAAUAGUUUACAAAAUUACUUUACUACCAGUUCUUGCUCAGGGAGAAUUUGUGUCUUUUCUGAGGACACUGACCAAAAGAAGAAAUCAGGAAAGUGGCUAUUUGUAUCACAUGACCUAGUACAAGUUGAAGAAGUGACAUCAUCUCUAGAUAUUACUGAAGGAAAUGCARCUUUUAAGUUUGAACCUUUUGUUCUUCAUAUUCAAUGUCGUAUGCUUGAGGAUGCUCAGGCAAUGCUAAAGAUUGCUCUUGAAUCUGGCUACAAAAAUUCAGGAAUUGUUGUUGGGAAGAAGCAACGCUAUAUAUUGGGUGUGAGAAGUACCCAAAGUCUGGAUGUUCCCAUUAUUCGCAAUGGAAAGCUCAUGGUUUCUAGUGAGUACAUUCAAUAUCUAGUGGAAAUAGCUAAUACAAAGAUGGAGGAAAACUUCUCAAAAAUAGAAAGAUAUUUUGAAAAUGUUAGACACAAACUUCACAAGAAAGACGAGGAAAAAAACAAAAGAGCGAAUCAAAACAGAACAGAAUCUCAAGAAAAACAAAAGAAUAUCAAAGAAAAAAUAAAGUGUGAAGACAUGGAGGACAUACUAGAUUCGCUAGAAGGAUUUUAUGACGAAUAUACAUAAUAAGUUAAUGCAUCUAAAGCAUAGUCAGAAAGACAUAAGCAUUGUGUGGGGACAAUCUAAUCACAACAGUCCAGGACCUCCAAAAUUCCCUUAAUGCCGCUACGUAGGCUAACGAUUGUCUACAUCAGCGCCUUUUUUUCUUUCUUUGAGAUGUUUUCUUCCAAGCGUGACUCAACAUCGUKGCGUGACG